UCUUGUUUCUAUGCAUACCUUCCUCGCCCACCACCACUCAACGGCUAAAAGCAGAAACCCUAAGUUUACAGAAACACUAGUUUUUCUUUUAAAUUUAUAGGCAACAAUCUCAUAAUAAUAAUAAUACUACUACUACAAUGGAAACAACUAGAGACCAAAUCGUGGAUGUGAGGUCAGUGGUCGAAGCUGUCUCUACAGACGCCAGUGAUGCUCCUCUUUACCAGGUCGAAAGCCUUUGCAUGCGUUGCCGCGAAAAUGGGAUAACAAGGUUUUUAUUAACUUCAAUUCCGCACUUCAGAAAGAUUUUGUUAUCAGCCUUUGAAUGCCCACAUUGUGGUGAGAGGAACAAUGAAGUGCAAUUUGCUGGUGAGCUCCAGCCCCGAGGGUGCUGCUACAGUCUGGAGUUUCCAUCAGGUGAUCAAAAGAUGCUCAAUCGACAAGUAGUGAAAUCUGAAACUGCCACUAUUAAGAUUCUUGAGCUGGAUUUUGAGAUUCCUCCAGAGGCUCAGCGUGGAAUUCUGUCAACGGUUGAAGGGAUAUUGGUUAGAGCUCUGAAUGAAUUGCAGGCCCUUCAAGAAGAGCGAAAGAAAGUGGAUCCUCAGACUGCUGAAGCAAUAGACAAGUUCUUGUUAAGAUUGAAAGCUUGUGCAACUGGAGAUUCAUCCUUUACCUUUAUUCUUGAUGAUCCUGCUGGCAACAGCUUCAUUGAGAAUCCGUUUGCUCCAUCUCCGGAUCCAUCGCUGACAAUAAAGUUUUAUGAGCGAACUCCUGAGCAACAAGCGUCAUUGGGGUAUCUUGUUGACCCAUCACAGGUGGGAGAACUUGGUGAUGAAGCAUCACCAGAGGAAACAGACAAUGCUUCACUUCAAAUUGAUAAAGAACCACAUGGAUCAAUAGGAGCUGCGGCUGGUCAUCGUGCUAUUGCUCAGGGAAAUAGUGUGGAAAUUGCUGAUGCUUUGUUUAGAUACUCUGCACCAGAAGAGGUUAUGACUUUCCCAUCUACUUGUGGAGCUUGUGCUGCCAGGUGUGAGACUAGAAUGUUUGCCACCAAGAUUCCGUACUUCCAGGAAGUAAUUGUCAUGGCAUCCUCUUGUGAUGCUUGUGGUUACCGUAAUUCUGAGUUGAAACCUGGUGGUCGUAUUCCUGCAGAAGGAAAGAAAAUUACAGUUUGUGUGAAGAACAUUAAUGAUCUAAGCCGUGAUGUGAUAAAGUCAGAUACUGCUAGUGUGAGAGUCCCAGAGCUUGACUUGGAGCUGACCAGUGGCACAUUGGGUGGAGCUGUGACAACUGUUGAAGGCUUGAUUGCAAAAAUUAGUGAAAAUCUUGAGAGAGUACAUGGAUUUACCUUUGGAGACAGUCUCGACGAAACUAGGAAAACCAAGUGGCAAGACUUCAGAGCAAGGCUUAACAAGCUUCUGAGUUUGGAAGCGCCUUGGACUUUAAUUAUCGAUGAUGCCCUAGCAAAUUCUUUUGUGGCACCGGUGACCGACGAUAUUAAAGAUGACUAUCAGUUAACUUUUGAGGAAUAUGAGAGGUCUUGGGACCAGAAUGAGGAGUUGGGUCUGAAUGAUAUUGACACCUCUUCGGCUGAUGCUGCUUACAACUCCACGGAUGUUGUAUUAAAUAAUAGAACGGAUGGCUGACUUGACGACGACUCCUGUUUGUGUUUUUUUUUUUUUUUUUUUAUUAUUAUAAAAAAAUUAAGAAUGAGAAGGCUUGUCUGUCUAAUUAUCUGUAUCUCUUUUAAAUUGUAACAUUUUAAGAUGAAAAGCUGCCUUCAAGCUGUCUGUAUCUUGCUGAACUUCAAUGGUGUUAUAUCGUGUUAUCUUCUUUAGCAGGAAAUUUGCUUUGGUUUUUGUUGGA